AUGGCUCUUCUUGCAAAUGCCGCACGGGGACCUCCUGAAUCCCCACGAACAAACGAAGCACGUGAUCAUCCUCUCGGGGGUAUUCAAAUGCCAUUUAUUAGGCAAGAUGGCAGAACUUUCUUUGUUGGUCAAUUUGCCUUUGGAAGCGAAUUUCUUGCACACAAGAAGCAAUGUGCUCUUCAGCACGAUGCGUGUGUAGCUGCUGUCGGGACGAAACCUGAUAUUCCUGACGCUGGA